UCAGCAGAAUUCAACCAAAAGAAAUGAAAAAGGGAAAGCCUAGUGUCAUCGUGAUCUCUCCCUGGUUUCCUCUUCGUCUUCCUCUCCCCGACUUCCCCUGAUUCCACCCCAAUGCCCUAGAGCCACCGCCGUGCCGCCUCAAACCCUGCCGCCGUCGCCGUCCCGCCUCACUGUGCCCGAUCCCGUCUCAACCCCGUCCGUCGACCUCGGCCGCUGGUGUCCGUGGUACGAGCAUUUCCUUGUCCAGCGACCGUCGCCUCGCAGAAACCUCGGAUCCGGGCGAUAACACGCCAUGGCCACCUCCGGGCAGAUCCAGCCGCUCAAGAUCCCGGACGCCGUCGUCGCGCUCGCCCAGGCCGCCGCCAAGGCCAACGGCGAGACCGAAAAAUAUCUCCCGGGGUGGCCGCUGUUCUCGCCCCCCAAGAUGCAGCUCACCAAGUGCGCCAAGUGCCCCAGGGAGUUCUGCUCGUCGGUCGCGUUUCGGCGGCACUCGCGCGUUCAUCGCCGAGCUCUCAAGAUUGACAAGGAUUUCCCCAAGAAUAGAGACCAUGUUGCUGCAUUCUGGGACAAACUCACGGUGGAUCAGGCCCAAACAAUUUUAUCCUUGGAGGAUGUGGUUAUAGAGGAUAUCAAAGGUUUAUCUGUUUUAACCGCAUUGUCGUCAUGGAUGUGUAAGCCAGGGUAUGCUUCAUUGCCGCUGCCAUAUGCAAGAGCUGGAAAUGAGCUCCUGGACCUUAUUCAAACAACGGCUUCAAGACUACCUAUCUCCUCAAACGAGCUAUUUAGCAUGCUCAACGAAGCAAGUGAGAAUACGUUUCUGUGUACCAACACAGCGGAUGCUGCCUGUAGUCAAAAGUUUUUGUUUGACGGGGAGGUUGACAAAGUUGCAACAGAGCUGAAAAACGUUGUUGCGUGCACUAGUUACAUCCUUGAACAGAAGCUGGUUGAAGCAUGGUCCACUGACAAGGCUGCCGAAUCAUUAAGAUGCCAGAAGUUACUUGUGGAGGAAGAGGAUGCUGCACAGAAAAGGCAAGCUGAAAUCAUGGAAAGGAAACGGAUGAAGAAGCUGAGACAGAAAGAACAGAGGUUGAAAGACCUCAAAGAUGAGGAUGUCAUCGUCCAGGUACCUGUAAUGGUGGAUGGUGCAACAGGGAUUCAUAGCGUCGAGGCUAUUUCAGGUCUUGGUCUCUAUGAGCAAGAAAAUCCACAGUAUCUUCAAUUGCCAGCACCACCAACACCUUCAGGUGAUAAUGGUUUCAAUGGAGAAGAUGUCAGACAUGAAGUUGAUAUUGGUGUUGUUUGGAGGGAACAAGCCAUGUCAACAAGUAAUCAGGACAGACUAGAAAACCUUCCCCAUAACAGCACUGUCUCAGAUUCCGUCGUUGCGUCGAAGCAUCCAUCUCCAACAAGGCAUUUACGUCACAGGGAUCCGAAUGCCAGCGCAGUGUCAAACAGAAGCAAAACAUGGGCAUGGAAAGUGCGGACUGAUGUCGAAGAACGAUGCCCAAAAGCCGAGCUAGAUGUUGAUGGUGGACAUGGGAUGGCUCCAAUCGCAGGUGAAAACUCCCGACUGCUGAUAGGAUCUAUAAGUGUCGCGAUCGAAGAUGGCGGCCGUAAAUGUUUGCAGGGCUUGCAGCCUUCCAAGGAUUACACAAGCCCUGAAUCCCAUCAGGUAGUCAAGGUGACGCAAUCAAUCAGCCAUGAUUUGAAUGGCUGUGAAGACAGUAUUGGUGGUGAUGCUACGCCUGCGGCAGAGAAUCAUUCUCCCUGUAGCCUUGUGACGGCUGAGAGCGGUUCAAGCUACUGCGAUGCAGAGUUGGCAGCGGGUGGAGGCACUGUGCUUUCCAGUAAAGAAGCGGCGUUCUUCCUUUCUCAGAGAUGGAAGGAAGCAAUAGCUGGGGACCAUGUGAAGCUCAUCUUGUGCUCAGAAAACUGAAGCAGCAUAGCACCGGAAUGAAGGUCUAGAUAGGCAGUGCCCGCUGCUCAUUGGAUCUAUAUGUGAGCUCAGACAGCAGCAAAGUCUUGCAGGGUGUUGCAAACUUAGGUCGAGUUGGCGGUUAAGCUAAGUAUUGGUGAGAUAUGCAGAGAGCAGUUGAGUAUUAUUAUUUUAGACUUGAUGUUGAAUUAGGGAACCUAAGCUGAAGGUCAUACUGCAGUUGGAGAACUUAUUCGACAUACAUUGCAGCAGAUACCUUUCCUUGACAGAUUGUUACUGAAAAGCUGGCUGGCUAGCUCUGGGCCUCCAAUGUAUGUAGUUGUCAUGCUAUCUCCUUCAGUCAACGCAGAACAAUUAAUGGUAAGAAAUGCAUUGUUAGUUAGUUCUUGCACAGUUAGUAAUAUACAUUGGACUUGCUGCCUGUUGGUCAUGAUCAACUUAAUAGCUCCUUAGCUUGGAAACUGAUCCAAGAGUGAACUUUGAAGACUAUUUUUUGAAAUUGAUCCAAGAGACUUGGAAGACAAACCGUACUAUGCUGCUGCAUGUUGCCAUGUUGGUCUUCGUCAGUGUAGUAGCUCAUUAGCUUUGAAAUUGAUCCAAGAGUAAACUCUGAAGACUUUCUGACUGAGACCAGGUCAGGUCACAUCCUGCUUGGUUCAUUAUGCUCUUCUUCCUGAAAAUGGGAAGUAUUAUGAAGUUUAAGUCCUGUGUUGUAGUUGAUUCCCUCAGCUGCCUUAACUACAAUUAGCAUAUGUGUUCCAUUUUGUUUUGGACGUUGCAUGUGGACACCAGCUGAGGUCGAUGGUUUAUAGAUAGGUGGUCAUGUCGGAUGAUGAAACUGUUAUGUGAUGUUUGUUCAUGUUCAUUGACUACGUGGAUGAAAUUAUAUUAUUUUUGCGAGCGCAUCACAAAAUUAUUUAAGCAUCAGUCUUAUAUA